AAAACUUGGACAAAUUAUCGUGACAGGCAACAUUGCAUGAAUUCAUAGUCUGCUACUAGUAUUUGGAAAUUGAAACCCUGAUACUGCGAUUUUGACGUAAAUCUCAAUUCCUUUUUACACCUGUAUACCUUGAAAUGGCAUUGAAACAAACUGAAAAACUAAAAAGCAACGUGGAAGAACAGCUAGAAAGACUAGUGAAACAGUUGGAAGAUUUAGAAAAAUACAGGGAAGAUUUCGAACCUGAAGAGUACCAGGAGACCAAAGCAGAAACCCUGGAACAGAUGAGAGAGUUUCAGUCAUCACUUGCAAAAUUAGCAGCUGGAGAUUUAUCUCUGACCGAUUACUUUGCAGCCAUUCAGUUGGGCAUACAAGCAGCUCUCAGUAAUGUUUUCAGAACACCAGAAAUAAUUCUCAUGUUUGCAAAAAAACAACCAGAACAAUUACGGCUCAAACUGGCCCAAAUUCAGAGAGAUCUAAAACUCGGAAAGCUUUCCAGCAAAGUUGCUGAAGUGCAGCAGAUUGAAGUCCUUGGGGCUCUGAAAGGUCUUGGAGAAGUUUUGAGUACUGAGGAAGCAAACCUUCUUGAGAAGACAAACUCUGUUUCUUUACAGCAAUUCAUUAAAGUGUCAACUGAUCCAAAUUCAAAAAGUAAAUUGCUGACAUUAGCUGAGAAUUCUCUUAGCCUGGAAUAAAAAGGAAAAACGGUGAACUAACUUGACGGAGCAUCAUGGAAUCUGUGUCCUGUUGCCAAAAUGUAAGCAGCAGCACUUCUAUCCAUAUGUAAAUAGUAACACGGGCUAAUACUGGGAAAUUUAAUGGUGUUGCCCAAUUUCAUUUUCCCAUACAAAGACGAAUUAUUAAUGCGAAUAGAAAUUCCGUGAGUAAGGAAAUUAUACAAGACAAUUUUUGUUCUGAAAAUCUGAAUAAAUCUAACCGCGCAAACAAUAUUUACGUAAUACCGCUAGAUGCCUCUUAGGGUUUUCAUGGCGAUACUAUAAGAACAAGUGAGUUUCGAUUCAUCCACCAGUUAUCAGUUGGAGAAUAGAGGUCUCCAAAGAGAUUAUUAUAAGCUCAGCGGACAUGGCGAGAACAUACUGUUGCAAUACCGUAUAACCAAAACAAAUAGGUUAAUUCCAGCACAUCAUAUUAUACGGAAGAAGAACCUAAUUCGCAUCGAAUGAAACAAAUACCCACUAUACAUGAAAGAAGGAGUCACCACCGACAAUGAGAGUACUAGUUAUCUUCUAUCCGCACAGAUAGUUGAUAUAGUGCAACAGCUUCAGCCAACGAGGUUUCGACGCGGCUGCUUUUUAGUCGUUUGCCAUUGUUUUAGUUGGAGGAGAGAGAUCCGCCCCCGGCACACAGGAUGUACGAUUUCAUCCAUAUUUCGAUCCGCUCAAUGAGCUUUGCACGCGAAUACCAUGGCGACUCCCUCGCGCACGUAAUAAUAAAAGUAGUAAUGAUGAAUAUCCUAGAAUGAUGUUCUAUUUCCUCACAUUAAUGUAAUUCUUAGUAAUUUUAGUCUUUUUACUGAAAUCGAGUUUCAUUUUGAAUCUGUGUCGAGUGCAAAAAGCAACCGAGGAACUUUAGAGAGCCAUGCCACUGUUUCAUUCAAAAGACGUGACUCAGAUUGAUAUCGCAAAUUAUCGACAGAAAGAUUGAUGGGUUGCUGUUCUGCCCUGGAAGAAGGAAUCGUAAGCUUUGCUAAGCUACAAGAGACGCUCUUCUGCUUUCAGUUCGCCGAUGCAUAGCAUUUGCAAUAUAUCAAGUCCAAGCUGCCGGCCAACUAA